GAGCGCUGUAGACGUUUGACAGCUUCCCAGGUGGGAGAAGCUUCGAAAGGCUGUCAGACUUUACAUUUCUAUUUUAUCCCCCGGAACACCAUUCACAGUGAGUCUGGGGUUGCCACAGUCAAAAAACAACCACUCGAAGACCAAUCACUCCGGCAGCAUGAGCAAAAAGAAAAAGGAUUGGAAGACUGAAAAAGAGAGACUUCUCCACAUGGACCGCGAGGAAAGACGCAAAGAGGGCUAUCGUCGUCAAGAUUACAUAAGUCUGGACAAGAUUCCAACCUGGAGAGAAGAAAACUACUCUGAUAACAAAGAAGAUGGGAAGCUUUUGACUGGAGGAGGUGGUUUGAAUGAGAAAGUAUCUCUAUACAAAGGAGACAUUACUGUCCUGGAGUUGGAUGCCAUUGUCAAUGCUGCAAAUUCAAGUCUACUUGGAGGAGGAGGUGUCGAUGGCUGCAUACACAAAGCUGCAGGUUCCUGUCUCUAUGAUGAGUGUCAAACACUAAAUGGCUGUGAAACCGGCAAAGCCAAAAUCACCUGCGGCUAUGAUCUCCCUGCAAGAUUUGUGAUCCACACUGUGGGUCCAGUGGCCAGAGGUCAUGUGGGCCCCACCGAGACCAGUGACCUCACUUCCUGCUACCAGAACUCCCUCGGGCUGGUGAAGGAGUAUGGCUUGAGCACUGUGGCCUUCCCAUGUAUCUCCACAGGAAUCUAUGGGUUUCCCAAUGAGCCUGCAGGUGACAUUGCUCUGAACACAGUUAAAAGUUGGAUCGAAGAGAAUCCUAAUACAAUCACACGAGUCAUUUUCUGUGUCUUCCUAGAAACUGACUUCACCAUCUACAAGAAGAAAAUGUCCAUUAUAUUUGAAGACAAUGACAUGGAAGUUGCAGAAGAGCAGCUGAAGGGGGAUAACAUUUCACCAUCUACAAAAUCAACAGCCAAGGAUGACAACGACAAUAACAGAGAGGAAGCAAGUGAUGAAGACAAGGCUGACAAUGAUGCGGAAGGAGUUGAAGACGUGGUGAUGGAGAGUCAGAACCCAGACGAAGACUUGGGCCUUGAGGUGCUCAGCCAAGAGGAAGAUGAAAACAACAGUCAAGACAAACAUGAGGGUAUUGGAAGUGAACAAAAUGAACAUCAAAAAAUGGCUGUUAAUAUGGAUAAAGAUGAAGACAAAGCUGAAGAUGAGCAAACUGCUGCAAAGACUGAAGAAAAAGAUGCAGCAAAAUCCGCUAUGGAGAUGGAAGAUGCCUCCGAAACUGCACCUGGCACCAGCACUGGAGAGGGGAUACAUAAUCAUGUUGAGACUUCAGAGGAACCUGAAUCCAAUCUGACUGACAGCAUUAAGUCCAAAGAUGCUGCUGAGAAGAAAGAAUGACCGCCUGAGGGAAGGACAAUCAACCUCAUAUGACAGCCAGCAAACUGAGCGGAGGCCAUUCACAAUAGAAUCAGACAAGCCCAAUUGCGGUUUGGGUGCUGUCACGGGUUCAAGAGAUCCAUUCGUUCGCAUUUUCAGCUUUGUCUUGCCCUUCCCUUAUUUGUUAAUGCAACCCCUAGCCCUAAAGUUAUGUGUGUACGCAACCUUCCGUGGGGACUUGAACAUAUCAACCAGAAAAGACGAGCCUUGCCUCAAUGUGUCAUCGCAAUGCCUUUGUGCCAGUUGAAUGUGAGGAAAUGAAACGAGUCUCAUUGUUAGAGCCACGCCCACUGAGAGAACAUGGUACCAACUUGCUGGCUGUCCGAUUCAGGUUCAGAGAGUCACAUAUUUCCCUUAGAUAGCCCAUAAACAAUUCUUCAGUUCAAGCUACCUUGAUCUAGACCAAGGUUUCUCAUCAACCUUUUUUUUUUUUUUUUUUUUAACUUCUCAACACCCUCCCAGUCUAAAAAUUAUGAUUGUCUUCUAACAGAUGAACUCGACAUCUCCCUCUCCUACCUUCGACACCCUCUCCCCCUUUGCCUUUUCUUCACCGUUUCCUGUGCAUGCCAGCAAAUUAGUUUUACAAAAAUAGUCGUUUCUGCUUGUCUCCUUUUCAGAUUGUCAAAUAUUGUGGAAAAAUCUGCCUUAUUUCACAUCAAACAUGCAAUCGCUAUCACAGAGUUAAGGAGAUGGUCCAAGUAUUCAUUCUAGGUUUUCUUUUCAGAUUUUAUUUUUGUCAUUUAUAAGUCAUCAAAUGGCUUGUACCUGUUGAUUGUUCUUGAGUUCUUUGAAAUGAUUUUUAGUUUAAUGUUCCUUAUGGCUCACUUUCAGUGGUGCCACACUGAUGAUCAAAUAAGUUAGAGUUGUAUAAAAGAUGCCUUCAUACUUUGAUGUUUGCUUUGCUAAAAUAUAACUGAAAGAACUAAUAAAGAUUGA